AUGUCUGCCGACAAAGAAACCAUGAGAACCACCGACGAGCAUGUCGCUCCGGCCGAAUACAACAAUGCCAGCUUCGACGCCACCGCUCUGCCGUCCGGAUGGAAGUACAGACAGCGUCGAAUCUUCGGCUGGGCGAUCCCCUGGUAUGCGUCGCCCAAGGUGCAACUUCUCAUGGUCGCCUUCGUGUGUUUCAUGUGCCCUGGAAUGUUCAAUGCGCUCGGUGGUUUGGGAGGUGGUGGAAAGACCGAUGCCGAACUGGCCGAUAACAUGAACACCGCGCUGUAUAGUUGUUUCGCAGUUUUCGGUAUUUUCGGCGGAACCUUUGUCAACAAGCUCGGUGUGAAAUGGACCCUGGCCUUCGGUGGCGUGGGAUACUGCCUCUAUGCAAUUAGCUUGUUGGUCUCGGUUCACGCCAACGUUGCAGGCUUCAACCUGUUCGCCGGUGCUUGGCUGGGUAUUUGCGCCGGUCUUCUCUGGACGGCCCAGGGUACGAUCAUGAUCUCCUACCCCAACGAGAAGCAAAAGGGCAAGUACUUUGCCUGGUUCUGGGCAAUCUUCAACAUGGGCGCCGUCAUCGGCGGCUUGAUCCCCCUCGGUCAAAACAUCAACGUCAAAACGAACAAGACUGUGUCGGACGGCACGUACAUCGGCUUCAUCGUGCUGAUGGCCAUUGGAGCCCUCCUCGCCGUCUUCCUCUGCAACGCCAGCGACGUUAUCCGUGAGGAUGGAAGUCGCGUCAUUCUCAUGAAGAACCCCAGCUGGAAAUCCGAGCUGGCCGGUCUGUGGGAAACCCUCCGAUUCGAACCCUUCGUGGUCCUGCUCUUCCCCAUGUUCUUCGUUUCCAACUGGUUUUACAUCUACCAGCAGAACGCCGUGAACGGCGCUUACUUCGAUACCCGCACCAAGGCACUGAACAGUCUUCUCUACUGGCUGGCCCAGAUUUUCGCCGCUGCUAUCUGGGGAUAUCUCCUCGAUGUCCAGGGUGUUCGCCGCUCUACCCGAGCCAAGAUCACCUGGGUCGUUCUUUUCAUCCUCACCUUUGCUAUCUGGGGUGGUGGCUAUAAGUUUGAGCAGAGGUACACUCGCCAGACCGUGGACAUCAAACUCCACCCGGACUGGAAGGCCUUUGACUGGUCUGAUUCUGGUUACGUUGGCCCCAUGUUCCUGUACAUCUUCUACGGCUUCUACGAUGCCGCUUGGCAGGCUAGUAUCUACUGGUUCAUGGGCGCCCUCUCCAACUCGGGUCGUCGCUCCGCCAACUAUGUCGGUUUCUACAAGGGCAUCCAGUCCUGCGGGGCGGCCAUCGUGAACAACCUUGACGCCCGCAAACUCUCCUUUGAAAGGGAGUUUAUCAGCAACUGGGUCCUGCUCGCCGUAUCCCUCGUCUUCGCUGCCCCAGUCAUCUUCCUGAAGAUUCGUGAUCACAUUGACGUUGAGGAGGAUCUUGCGGGUACUGAUGAGACUCUCGCCGAUAUCCUUCCUGCUGAUCACCCUGAGAAGGUGGGGGCCUAA